AAAAAAGGAGAUGCGCUUUCUGUCCGAAAUCCCAAACCAGAAGUCAACGUCACAUCUCCUCAGAAUCCUCACUUUUUUCACCUUUUUCUUUCUUGGAAGUGUGUGUGUGUGUGUGUGAAAGAGAGAAAAGGAACCCCGCAACUCGAGAGAUGAGAUGCAUUAUGAAAAUGAUAUCUUGAUGAAUACUAAUCCAGCGCCUUACAUGAAACCGUUGACCCCUAACAGCCUACGUAUUCGUAUUCGUAUAAAUCCCUGAAUAUUCCCCGUGAAGUCGUACUAUUACUUGUAAUUUAUCCGUUAAUUCAGCGUAGUGUUCCUCUCACCGCGUCUAUUUAUUUCUCCUCUUCAGUUCUCUCGGUGUGUGAAUGUGGGAAGGAGGAGUGUGGUGAUCUGGUGUCCAGGGUGCGCAGGGUAAGCAGGGUCAGUUCGUGGUGCAAGAACUGGAUAAGAGGAUGGGUGCAUCAGGAGCAACGUUGGUGCUGGCUGUUGUAGCAGCUGCCGUACUAAAUGCUGCAGUUUUGUGCAGUGGAGGAUUCACGAGUAGUUUUGUGAGGAAAGUUGAGAAGACUGUUGAUAUGCCUCUUGAUAGUGAUGUCUUCGAGGUGCCUCCCGGCUACAAUGCGCCUCAACAGGUACAUAUAACUCAAGGAGAUCACAUAGGAAAAGCAGUGAUUGUGUCAUGGGUCACCGUAGAUGAGCCAGGUUCAAACACUGUUCUGUAUUGGGCUGCUAACAGUAAGCUCAAGAAUAAGGCAAAGGGGACUCUAACCAAGUACAAAUUUUACAAUUACACUUCCGGCUACAUCCAUCAUUGCACUAUCAAGAAUUUGGAGUAUGACACUAAAUAUUACUACGAGGUAGGAAUCGGGCACACGAGAAGGACGUUCUGGUUCACUACACCUCCAGCAGUUGGCCCUGAUGUUCCAUACACUUUUGGUCUUAUAGGGGAUUUAGGCCAGAGUUAUGACUCAAACAGGACACUUACACAUUACGAGCGAAAUCCGGCCAAGGGACAGACCGUGUUAUUUGUUGGAGACCUUUCUUAUGCCGACAACUACCCUAAUCAUGAUAAUGUAAGAUGGGAUACGUGGGGAAGGUUUGUAGAGAGAAGUGUGGCUUAUCAACCUUGGAUUUGGACUGCUGGAAAUCAUGAAAUUGAUUUUGCUCCCGAAAUUGGUGAAACGAAACCCUUCAAGCCUUAUACGCACCGUUACCGUGUACCUUACAAAGCCUCUGACAGUUCUGCUCCUUUCUGGUACUCUAUCAAGAGAGCUUCAGCGUACAUCAUAGUUUUGUCUUCAUACUCGGCAUACGGCAAAUACACUCCUCAAUAUAAGUGGCUUGAAGAAGAGCUGCCAAAAGUUAACAGGUCUGAGACACCAUGGCUGAUUGUUCUUAUGCAUUCUCCAUGGUACAAUAGCUACAACUAUCACUACAUGGAAGGUGAAACCAUGCGGGUUAUGUACGAGCCGUGGUUUGUCCAGUACAAGGUCGAUGUAGUAUUUGCAGGCCAUGUUCACGCAUAUGAGCGAUCGGAACGUGUGUCUAACAUUGCCUACAAUAUUGUCAAUGGAAUUUGUACUCCAGUGAGUGACCAGUCCGCCCCUGUUUAUAUAACCAUUGGAGAUGGAGGAAAUCUUGAAGGCCUAGCAAACAACAUGUCAGAGCCACAGCCUAAGUACUCAGCUUUCCGGGAGGCCAGCUUCGGCCAUGCAACGUUAGCUAUCAAGAACAGGACCCAUGCUUACUACAGUUGGCACCGUAACCAGGAUGGAUAUGCCGUACAAGCUGAUUCCAUGUGGUUUUUCAACAGAUUCUGGCAUCCCAUUGAUGAUUCUACAACUGCUCAAUCUUGAACAACUUGAAGUAACUUCACAUUAUAUAUAAUUUUUUCACUUCUCCUCUGUCCUCGGUGUGCAGUUUGUAAUAAAAAAAUUUCAACUCAAUGGAAUUUUUCAAACACUUUUCUACAUCUUGAAUUGAAGACUAGCAGCGCUGUCUGCUUAAACAAAA